UCAGUUUAUCGUUGGAUUUUGUUGGGGUAUUAACAAACUGUUUAUAACGGGAUUAAGUGUUUCAAUGAGUAUUUGAUCGAAUGCUUCAAUUUAAUUGCCAUAUCACAUUCUAAUGAAUCAAAGUGCGUAAACAUCGUGGAAUCAAACAAAUACGAACCCUUACGUAAAUUAAUAAUUUACUCAAGGUACAAUAUGAUACGGAUUUUUGUGUUACUAUUGCUGUUGACUUUGAUUGCUUGUCACAUAUUCACGCGUUACACCAGAAAAGGGAGGCUUCUAAAUAUUAUACCAGGACCAGCUCCGCUUCCAAUUAUUGGUAACUUGCUUCAGUUUGCUGUGACAUCUGCACAUGACUUGUGGAAAAUUGCGCGUAAAUAUUCUACUGAUUAUUAUCCAAUCACAAGAUUUUGGACUACCGGUUUAUGUGUAGUGAGCGUUCGUCAUCCAGAUGAUCUAGAGAUACUAUUAAACAGUCAAAAAACCAUAACUAAAGGUUAUAUUUACAAUUAUCUCCAUUCCUGGUUGAAAAGUGGACUGCUGACAAGUACAGGAGAUAAAUGGCGUCAAAGAAGAAAAUUGUUAACACCAGCUUUUCAUUUCAACAUUUUAAAAGAGUAUUUGGGUCCGAUGAACGAAGAAGGGUUAAGAUGCGUUGAUGAUCUUAAAAACGAUGGUGAAAGUACAAUAAAAGAUCUCGUGGAGUUUCUCUCAGAAUCUACAUUAAAUGUUAUAUGUGAAUCAACAAUGGGAGUUUCAUUAAAUCGUAUUGAAACGGGAUUAACAACGAGAUAUAAGAAAGCAAUCCAUGAAAUGGGAUACAUUGUUUCUUUCAGGCUUUGCCGGCCGUAUAUAUUUGAUUGGAUUAUGAACCUUCCAUGGAAAUUUGGAAACUUACAACGAAAGUCUCUAAAAAUACUUCAUCAUUUUACUAAUAAAUUUAUUCAAGAAAAGAAGAUAUUUAAUGAAGAAUCUAAAGGAAACUAUUCAGAUGUUACACAACAUUCUGAAGACAAUGGUGAGCAUUCAGGAUCUAAAAAAAGAUUAGCUUUCUUAGAUCUUUUAUUAACAGCGAAGAAAAACAAUAUGAUUGACGAUGAAGGUAUUCAAGAAGAGGUUGAUACAUUUACAUUUGAAGGGCAUGACACUACCGCAAUGGCUUUGACUUUUACUUUGAUGCUACUUGCUGAAAAUAAAGAAGCACAGGAAAAAGCAAGAGCCGAAGCAAAAGAAGUAUUAGACUGCAGUCACGGAAAAUUGGAUGUGUCAGAUGUUCAAAAAUUGAAUUAUUUAGAUCGGUGCAUUAAAGAAUCUUUGAGAUUAUAUCCUCCCGUCUCCACUAUUAUGCGAUACUCAGCAGAUGAACUACAAUUAAAAAACGCAUUGGUGCCCGCUGAUACACAUAUAGUAGUGAAUUUCUUUGACACACAUAGAGAUCCAAAUUUUUGGCCAGAACCUAAUAAAUUUGAUCCUGACAGAUUUCUUCCUGAAAGAAGCGUUGGCCGACAUCCAUACGCUUUCGUCCCUUUCAGCGCAGGAUCUCGGAAUUGUAUCGGUCAGAAAUUUGCCAUGAUGGAAAUGAAGAUAUUAAUUGCUCGAAUUUUAUACGACUUUCGCUUAGAACCAACUGAACAUCUUGCUGAUGGAUACGCGGAUAUUCCUUUGCUUGCAGAUAUUGUGAUUCGACCACUUAAUAAAAUCUUCACGCGAUUUAUCAAAUUAUAAAAAAAAUGUCAUCACACAUAUAGGUUAGGUAGGCCAAAUCUGCAAAUAGGUAACUUGAUACUGUCAAAAGAUAGUUUUUCGUCACUUUAUGUAAUUAUUUAAUAAAUUGUAUUAAUUAUCUAUUUAACAUUUAUACUGCAUAAUACUGUAAUUAGAAAAUACUUUGUAUUAUUAUAUAAUGCGUCAAUGACAGUGUAAUUAUUAUAUAGUGUAUAGUACGAAUUUGCUGAUGUGGAUACCGUAAUAUUUGCAUGAAUUGUAAUGAAUUCAGUAAAAUGUGUUCGUGUGUAUGUAGUGUGCAUACAAAUAUUGUUAUUGUAACCUGAUGGAAGAUAUUAAAUUAUUUUUAAAAAUCU